CUCCCUGCCUCCUGUGAACUCAUGAUUAUUGGUAGCUUGCAUGGCAGUUCUUCCUUUAGGAAGUGUAGUUUCUUCCAGGAACUCUGAAACUUGGGAUAUUCCACCUCAUGCGGUUGUUUGGCCGGUCAAAAAAGGGAGUGGGGGAUUCUGGAGGUACUUCAUGUCUGCUGCGUGGCCCAAGGGGGCCAGGGUUCCAUAAAUCACCAAGACCCUGAGGGCAGGGCUCUGUCCUCAUUCCUGGCCCUGCUUCUGUAAAUGUUAAUGACAGAAUAACAAAAACAAUGUCACCCACCCAACAGGGUCAUUAAUAUGAUUAAAUAAUCAUGAAAUACUUCUUGAAGGAUAAAUCAGAGAGAAUAGGAAAUUUCUGAAAAUAAAGAGCGGUAAGAGAGUAUUUGUUCUGCUAGCUAUUGAAAUGUAUUCUAAAGCACAGUCAUAAAAACAGUAUGGUACUGUGAUGGAAAUAACUAGAUCAGAGGAACAGAGUAGAGAGUCCAGAAAUAGGUGAUAAAUCAAUAAAGAUAUAUUUCAAGUUAGUGGCAAUGGGAUGUAUGAGCUAGCAAAUGGUGUUAGAAAAAAAUCUCCUAUCCAUUAGAGGGUAAUAAGAAAUUCCUAAGCUUAGGUAGUAUAUCAAAAUAAUUUCCAAAUAGCAUUAAAUUAAAAAGAUCAUUAAAAUCUUAGAAAAAAGAAUAUUUAUAUUAUUUUGGGUAAGAAAAGGCUUUUAAAACAUGUCACUUUUGGUGCCACAUACAAAUAUCGUAAACAAAGUUAAAAAGCAAAAGGGUGGAAAAAGUGUUUACAACAUCAAUGAUGAACGAAGCAUUAAUAUUAGUAUGCAAAUUUAUUCUUUGAUUCAAUAUUUAUUGAGCACUUAGUAUGUACUAGAAAGUAUUCUGGGCACUAAGGGCACAAGCAGUAAAUAAUGUCCCUGCUCUCCUGGUACUUACACCCUGAUGGAGAGGACAGCCAGUGAAUAUGGUAGAUUAUUGUAGGUCACAUUUUGAUACGGGCUAAGGACAAAACAUUAAGUAGGUGGCUGGGCUAGGGAGGCUUGGCAGGGUUUGCAUUAUAUGGAUGUUCAAGGGGGCUUCACUGGUGGAAUGACAUGUGAAGAAAAAGGGAAAGUCAUUGAAUGUUGAGCUGAUAGCACAUUUGCUGUUUUUGGAAUGUCGAGCUGAUAGGAUUUGCUGAUGGAUUGAAUGCAGGUUGUGAAAGAAAGGAGUCAGGGUGGCUUCUAGGUUUGGGGCCUGGCAACCAGAAGCAUUGACAUAGGAAUGACUGAGAGGCUUGGCUUGGAGAUAAUUAGAGUUUUGGUUAUGGAUGUUUCAGUUUAACAUCUCUCUUGUAUAUUCAAGUGAGGAUGUCAGGGAGGUGGUUGGCCAAAAAAAUCUGUAAUUCAGGGUGACAUCUAGGCUGGAGAUAUAAAUUUGGGAAUUGUUACAGUGUUGAUAGUAUUUGAAAGAAUGACACCAGCCUAGAGCCCCUGGAGAGUGUGUGUAGAUACAGAAGAGGGCCCAGGACAUCCAUGGGACCCUCCCUUGGAGUUGAGGGAGAUGAGAAGGAGCCAGCCAAAGAGAGCAAAAAGGAGUGACCACUGAAAUGGAAGGAGUCCCGCAAGAAGGGAGAUCUCCCAAGCCAAGAGACAGUGAGAAGGGCGAAGUCAGCUCUCCUCUGGAUGUGCUGAUGGGCAAGGAGAGAACUGGCCAUUGGAUCUAGCAGUGGGGAGGUCACUGGUCAACCCAACAAGGGCUGUUUUAUGGGAAUGAUGGGGAGAGAAUCUGAUUGGAGUUGGGUUAUUGAGAAUAAGAGGAAAAAAACUGGAGACAGAGAAAUGGGACAAUAGCUGGAGGAGGAUGGUAUUCAAGUAAGUUUAUUUUUCCCAAGAUGAGAGUUAUAUAACUCUUGUUUUUACCCAAGUGGAAAUGAUUCAGUAGCGUGGGGAGACUGGAUGGUGCAGGAUUGGGCUGGGGUGAGGGUUCUGAAAUGGUGGUCUCGAGGAGGUGGGAGAGGUAGAAUCCAGGCAUGAGCUGGGGAAGGGAUCCUAAGUAGGAGCAUCUAAGGAGGUGGUGGGUGUGCACCUGCCUCUUUUCUCAGUUCACUAAGAAGCAGAGUCCUCAGCGGAGAAUGGAGACUAAAGAGAUGAUGGAAGUUUGAGGAGAGAGGACAAAGUAUGAAGUCCUUCAUAGCAGAAUGAGAAAAUAAAUGGCCAGGGGAACGAAGGAUCGCUGGGCGGCAUGCAGGCCUCUAAGGGGUAUUUCUCCAGCCAUGUCAUGUUACACAGGUGAACACGGGGUAGGAGGCCAUUGUGGUAGAAAAACAGGACAUGAGCAGACACAAGGUAAGACAGAGAAAUGCCUGUAAAGAGAAAGGCAACAUCAGUAAUAGCUGAAGAAUACAAGUAAAAACAAUGAGGUUUUCUUUUUCUCUCUUUAGACUGGCAAGAACUCUUGUUGGGGAUAGAAAUUAUUGUCGCUUUUCUGGAGCACAGUGUUACAAUCAUCCAAUGGCAGACCAGAGAAUGGACAUUUCUUCAACCAUCAGUGAUUUCAUGUCCCCGGGCCCCACCGACCUGCUUUCCAGCUCUCUUGGUACCAGUGGUGUGGAUUGCAACCGCAAACGGAAAGGCAGCUCCACUGACUACCAAGAAAGCAUGGACACAGACAAAGAUGACCCUCAUGGAAGGUUAGAAUAUACAGAACACCAAGGAAGGAUAAAAAAUGCAAGGGAAGCUCACAGUCAGAUUGAAAAGCGGCGUCGGGAUAAAAUGAACAGUUUUAUAGAUGAAUUGGCUUCUUUGGUACCAACAUGCAACGCAAUGUCCAGGAAAUUAGAUAAACUUACUGUGCUAAGGAUGGCUGUUCAGCACAUGAAAACAUUAAGAGGUGCCACCAAUCCAUAUACAGAAGCAAACUACAAACCAACUUUUCUGUCAGACGAUGAAUUGAAACACCUCAUUCUCAGGGCAGCAGAUGGAUUUUUGUUUGUCGUAGGAUGUGACCGAGGGAAGAUACUCUUUGUCUCAGAGUCUGUCUUCAAGAUCCUCAACUACAGCCAGAAUGAUCUGAUUGGUCAGAGUUUGUUUGACUACCUGCAUCCUAAAGAUAUCGCCAAAGUCAAGGAGCAGCUCUCUUCCUCCGACACCGCACCCCGGGAGCGGCUCAUAGAUGCAAAAACUGGACUUCCAGUUAAAACAGAUAUAACCCCUGGGCCAUCUCGAUUAUGUUCUGGAGCACGACGUUCUUUCUUCUGUAGGAUGAAGUGUAACAGGCCUUCAGUAAAGGUUGAAGACAAGGACUUCCCCUCUACCUGCUCAAAGAAAAAAGCAGAUCGAAAAAGCUUCUGCACAAUCCACAGCACAGGCUAUUUGAAAAGCUGGCCACCCACAAAGAUGGGGCUGGAUGAAGACAACGAACCAGACAAUGAGGGAUGUAACCUCAGCUGCCUCGUUGCAAUUGGACGACUGCAUUCUCAUGUAGUUCCACAACCAGUGAACGGGGAAAUCAGGGUGAAAUCUAUGGAAUAUGUUUCUCGGCACGCGAUAGAUGGAAAGUUUGUUUUUGUAGACCAGAGGGCAACAGCUAUUUUGGCAUAUUUACCACAAGAACUUCUAGGCACAUCGUGUUAUGAAUAUUUUCACCAAGAUGACAUAGGACAUCUUGCAGAAUGUCAUAGGCAAGUUUUACAGACGAGAGAAAAAAUUACAACUAAUUGCUAUAAAUUUAAAAUCAAAGAUGGUUCUUUUAUCACACUACGGAGUCGAUGGUUCAGUUUCAUGAACCCUUGGACCAAGGAAGUAGAAUAUAUUGUCUCAACUAACACUGUUGUUUUAGCCAACGUCCUGGAAGGCGGGGACCCAACCUUCCCACAGCUCACAGCAUCCCCCCACAGCAUGGACAGCAUGCUGCCCUCUGGAGAAGAUUCCUUUGUUGUAGGUGGCCCAAAGAGGACCCACCCCACUGUUCCAGGGAUUCCAGGGGGAACCCGGGCUGGGGCAGGAAAAAUAGGCCGAAUGAUUGCUGAGGAAAUCAUGGAAAUCCACAGGAUAAGAGGGUCAUCGCCUUCUAGCUGUGGCUCCAGCCCAUUGAACAUCACGAGUACACCUCCCCCUGAUGCUUCUUCUCCAGGAGGCAAGAAGAUUUUAAAUGGAGGGACUCCAGACAUUCCUUCCAGUGGCCUACUGUCAGGCCAGGCUCAGGAGAACCCAGGUUAUCCAUAUUCUGAUAGUUCUUCUAUUCUUGGUGAGAACCCCCACAUAGGUAUAGACAUGAUUGACAACGACCAAGGAUCAAGUAGUCCCAGUAAUGAUGAGGCAGCAAUGGCUGUCAUCAUGAGCCUCUUGGAAGCAGAUGCUGGACUGGGUGGCCCUGUUGACUUUAGUGACUUGCCAUGGCCGCUGUAAACACUACAUGUUGCUUUGGCAACAGCUAUAGUAUCAAAGUGCAUUACUGGUGGAGUUUUACAGUCUGUGAAGCUUACUGGAUAAGGAGAGAAUAGCUUUUAUGUACUGACUUCAUAAAAGCCAUCUCAGAGCCAUUGAUACAAGUCAAUCUUACUAUAUGUAACUUCAGACAAAGUGGAACUAAGCCUGCUCCAGUGUUUCCUCAUCAUUGAUUAUUGGGCUAGCUGUGGAUAGCUUGCAUUAAUUGUAUAUUUUGGAUUCUGUUUGUGUUGAAUUUUUUAAUCAUUGUGCACAGAAGCAUCAUUGGUAGCUUUUAUAUGCAAAUGGACAUUUCAGAUGUAUGGUGUUUUUACACUACAAAGAAGUCCCCCAUGUGGAUAUUUCUUAUACUAAUUGUAUCAUAAAGCCGUUUAUUCUUCCUUGUAAGAAAGAAUCCUUUACUAUAAAUAUGGGUUAAAGUAUAAUGUACUAGACAGUUAAAUAUUUUUAAUAAAUGUUUCCCUUGUUCUAUAAA